AUGAAGCGUCAAACUGCAGCCUUUGGACUGCUCAGCAGCGUUGUGAGCCCGGCAUUUGCUUCUGCGAAUAUAGGGGAUAUUGAGUACGAGAAUCCGGCACCAGGAACAUACUGCAUUACGUACUUAUCGACAUACCUUGCCCCAGUGUCGAUCGGAACUGAGCUCCCCCUGGCAGCCUCGAGCUCUUCAGACUUUGAUCAAUUUUUUACGACAGAGCCGAAUGAUUUCUCGUCGCUGUCACCAUCCGAAAGCCUAGAAGUGGUACCGACAAUCGAUGCCCCCACUGGCCAGGCCGUCAUAUUUGCCGUCACGCCAUCCCAAGAUACCAGGAAGCGUGACCUCGGGGGCUUCGUCGGUAAUGGUGGCCCUGAUAUCUGUACAUUUGCCACCGUGUAUACACUUGGACAAGGCCGGCCUUUCGACGGGGGCCUACCAAUUGCAUACAAUGGUGAAGCCUUUCAACCCCUUCGAUCCUCAUCAGUACCUUCUAGUGAUGCCAUCACCACUACCUUCAGCAAUAAUGGUGGCGUCCUCAGCUUUUCGAGUCCUUCCUUGCCGGGAGGUCGGGCAUCCUUCUGUCAGACUCCUUCCGAUGGCGAGGUAUACCUGACUUUUACAUCUCGGCCCUCUGGCUGUCAGCCUGUGACACUGACUAUCUAUGGAGCUGAGAGAUGCAUCAACGGUAGAAUCGAUGGCCUGGAAACUUCGGCCAUUGCCAGCGGAAGUGCGCAGGUCACCGACCAAUUUUCCACCCAAGGUCCCCGAUCUACGAAUCCUGCCGAAAACAUACCAGACACCACAGAAAUACCUCCGCUUGAGCCCUCAAUGGAUGAGACAGUCUUUCCUACCUUGACAUUUGAUCCCACCAAGCCACUAUCCUCCAGCAACAUAACCUCUCGUCAGGCAACAGCUGAACGAGACCCUUUGACCAGUGGAAUAUUGCUUCCUUCUAUUCCACCUUCGAGGUCCGUCGAGGAAAGCUCGUUUGCGACAGAGACAUUGUUACCCACCCUUGUGUUCACCUCUGCAGUGGAACAAGGUGCUUCAAGUGUAGCCACACCCUCCGAUGAUGAAUUUCCUUCGUCUACGGUUAUCUUGUCUUCUUCUAACUUGCCCAUAUCCACGCUGGAUGUUACCUCAUCUGCAGAUGUCCCAGAGACUUCUAACGUUCCUACUCCGUCAUUUGAAGAAACCUUUUCCACCAUAAACAUUGACACCUCAUCAGCUAUGCCUACAUUGACAACUGAGGAUACAUCGUCUCCAGCAACCACUUCCGAGACUUCCACUUCCGAGGCUUCCACUUCCGAGGCUUCCACUAUACUUACCAUGUCGUUGGAGUCUACAACAGAUAUACCCACUACCACAACAACCACAGAGACAACAACAACGUUCGAGCCUAUCAUCAUCACCAAUAGGGUACUGAAUGGCAAAUUCGCCAUGAGAGAUCCAAACUCGGCGAGUGGCAUGAUGGGCUACGAGCCUGAAGGCGACGUCUCACAACAUACAGGAGACUGCUAUACCGAGGAUGGCAGUUCUGAUGAUGGCUGCGCUGCACUGGCGGUAGCUGAAGGUGGCAAACGAAGUUUCGGGUCCUUCGCAGGCAUGUCUCAGAUGGUCGGAUCUCUCAGCCCCAGCAGGACUGUUCUUUACACGGUACAGUUCUACUAUAUUGCCAUCACAGUUGGGCGCAGUCAGUCAUGCACUGUCGACGCCUACCUUGGAAGUCAGCAGUUUUACUCCCAGGGGCUCUUCUCUGGUGGUGGCGUCGGUGUAUCAUGGAAUAGGGUUCUUACCAUGGUCAGGGCAGAUACUCGAGAUGCCGGCCUCCGUAUCACCCUGAGCUGUACAGGCACUGGGCAAGCCAUGAUAUACAUUGACUCCAUCUUCAUGUCAAACGAAAUAACACCGGAUACUAUUGACCAGGCUCAACUAGACUUUGGUAACAUGGGAAACACUCCUAUCGAAACUCCGGUUCAAAGCACACCGUUCCAGAGCACCAUGAUUGAAAGCACCCCACUUAUUGAGAGCACUUCAGUCGAGCACAGCCCGAUUGAGAGCACUACAAUCCAGAGUACUGAGUCCUUGAAAACAGCUUCGUCGACAGUAAUCGAAGAGUCUACCACAGCUUCUCAGACUCUGAGUGCUUCCGCCACCCCAACCGAUACCUGUGUAUACAAGCAUGGUGAGAGAUGCGAUUUUGACCGCUUUAAUGUUCCCAAAGACGUUCUUUGCUCGUAUGCCGGCACUUUCAAAGGUGAAUCAUGGACAGUGACGCGCACGGAGUACCAACACCAAAACUCCUGGGAGCAGUGUCUUGCGAUAUGCCAUACGCUAGAGGGAUGUCGUUCGGCGGGUUGGUGGCAUGUCGAUAAUCGCUGUAGAUUCUCCUCGAAGGCGCUCGUCCAGGAAGACUUUGAGCUUGACGGUCUUGAGGAUUGGGAGCAACAGACUUGGGGCGACAUUCGCUGCUAUACCGACUGCGAAGAAUGCAUCCCAGAGUCUGUCCCUAUCCCACCAUCCAAGAAGUGCUCGUACACCCAAGGCGACCGUUGCACUCGCAAUGCUGCCCCCGAAGGUGUUAUCUGCAAUUACAGCGCUUGGAUGGCGGGUAUGUACUGGACUGGGGAUCAAUGGAUCAAAGAGUAUCCCCACCAAGCAUCCUCUGAAGAGUGCGCUGCUAGUUGUUAUGCGAUGUCGGAGUGCGGAGGCUUUGCGUAUAAAGAUGGCCGUUGCAAGUGGACUGGCUAUAAACUUGCUUUGUCUGGUAUGCCAGUGCCACUGGAGACUGAUAGAGAUCCGUCGUGGAACUCGGUGUGGGAUGAUCCUUUGUGCUUUACCUGCCCCGGGUGUAGCGACUAG